GAGAGGUGGGGAGUCUGGGGACUGGGGAGCGACGAGGGAACUUUCCUUUUCCUUCUUUUUUCCASAGUCCUAGUGCCAUUAGGAUUAGGAUUCAAAACCUACAUCUCAAUCUUCCCUUCUGUAUUUAUCGGUCUCUAUUGCAUUGCGUUAACAUCCUCCUCCGUCACUCAAAAGUCUUACGGUUCUUGUGGUUGUAUCGGUGCAGAAUAGAAGAGGACGAGAAAAAGUAUGGCGAUGUUGGGGCGCCUGCGUCUGCUUUGCGUUGGAAAUAAUGCAUUAUUGCCUUCGUUCUCGAGUGCCAACACUAAGCAUCAACAACAUCCUGUUAGCAAUUUGGGUUGGUCCGUUAAUUCUAGCAAUCUACAUUACCAUUAUCGUCCCAAGCAGCAAAUCAUCCCGCGAGUUUGUUUGAUGCCGAAUCCUAGCAACCGCGGGGAUGAUGAUAGCCAACAAGUAGAAGUAGGGAAUGAAACCGAUCGUCGUCCUAGUCGUCCACAUCCAGAGGUCUAUCUGAAUCUCGGUUUCUGCACGGAAGACACGGCCUCUGCAAAGGAUGACAUCCCAUCAGAGAUGCUCGAUCAAUGGAUGAGAGAUUCCGCUCAGGAGAUCGUUAGGAAUAUAGACCAGGGUCCUUUCCUGGUUCAUGUCUUCUGCUCUAACAAGGGAAGAGUAUUGACCACCAGGCUGGAGAGAGUCAAGGCAGCCGCUGAUAUGUGGCCCCUCAUUAAGAAGAGAUGGGCCAACGGUGGAGGAGAAAGCUGCUCGGCCCCUGAUGGGAUCAUACUGGUGAAACAACUCGACGAUAACAAUGAAGAAGAAGACAGCGGCAACACAAGCACAAAAACAUGGGGAAUCCUCAUUCAAGGUAGGGGCAAGGAUUGCACUCCGGCGUGUUACAUCCUCAAGACAUGCCGAGUGCUGUCAUCGUCGUCAGUGGGGUUCUGCACUCACUUCUGUCUGGUUAGGGCGAAGUGCUUUGGCGAGACCGCACAAGUACAGCUCCUUAAAUCUUGGUUGCUGCAGCAUAAGCACCAUUGCUGAGUUUCCUCGCUCUAUAUUUUGAUUGGUUCGCUCAGAAAGACGUACAGAGAGAAUUUCAUUUUUUUUAUACAUAUAUCCUAUUUUUUAAAAUU